GGGAGGACAGCGGGCCUGUCACUGGUGCGGAGACGCCGCUUAGCGGCCGCCACUGGAGACACUCCCUCCCAUCGGCCCCCUCCUCUUGGUGGCCGCCGAGUGAGGCUGACUAGGGGGAACUGGGAGCCCCCCUCUCCUCCAGGCGGUGGCAGCGGCCGAUCCCGGCUGCGGCGUGAGGGGCGACCGCGAUGCGCUCGGCUUGAGGCAGCCCGGCCCGCUUCUCCCUUUCUUCCCUCCUCCGUUCCACGGUGUCUCUGAGCCCCAGCGUCAUCUUACGAAUCCCUGUGACGGGGAAGAUGGCUGCACGGAGCUGGCUGGACGAGCUGGCCCAGCAGGCCGAGGACGGCUCGGCCCGGUUGCGGGAAAUGCUCUCGGUCGGCCUAGGCUUUCUGCGCACUGAGCUGGGCCUCGACCUAGGGCUGGAGCCGAAGCGGUACCCGGGCUGGGUCAUCCUGGUGGGCACGGGCGCUCUUGGGUUGCUGCUACUCUUCCUGAUGGGUUACGGCUGGGCCGCGGCAUGCGCCGGCGCCCGCAAGAAGCGCAGGAGCCCGCCGCGCAAGCGGGAGGAGGCAGUGGCCGCGCCGGCUCCGGCCCCCGACGACCUGGCCCUCCUGAAGAAUCUCAGGAGCGAGGAGCAGAAGAAGAAGAAUCGGAAGAAACUGCCUGAGAAGCCCAAACCAAAUGGACGGACUAUUGAAGUUACUGAGGAGGAAGUUGUCCGAACUCCUCGAAGUGUAACAGCAAAGCAACCUGUAGAGACAGACAAGAAAAAUGAAAAGUCAAAGAAAAAUAAGAAGAAAUCAAAAUCAGAUGCUAAAGCAGUGCAGAACAGUUCACGCCAUGAUGGAAAGGAAGUUGAUGAAGGAGCCUGGGAAACUAAAAUUAGUCACAGAGAGAAACGUCAGCAGCGUAAACGUGAUAAGGUGCAGACUGAUUGUGGUUCAUUGGAUUCAACUACCCCUGGGAUAGAAAAUACCGUCACAGUUACAACUGAGCAACUUACAACUACAUCAUUUCCUGUUGGUUCCAAGAAGAACAAAGGUGAUUCUCAUCUAAAUGUUCAAGUUAGCAACUUUAAGUCUGGAAAAGGAGAUUCUACACUUCAGGUUUCUUCAGGAUUGAAUGAAAACCUCACUGUAAAUGGAGGAGGCUGGAAUGAAAAGUCUGUAAAACUCUCCUCACAGAUCAGUACAGGUGAGGAGAAGUGGAACUCUGUCUCACCUACUUCUGUAGGAAAAAGGAAAACUGAGCCAUCCGCUUGGGGUCAAGACACUGGAGAUGCUAAUGCAAAUGGAAAAGACUGGGGAAGGAGUUGGAGUGACCGUUCAAUAUUUUCCGGGAUUGCUGCUUGGUCUAGUGUGGAUAGGGGAAUGAAUACCUCUGAACAGAAUUCUGCUUCUUUUGCAUCUCUCACACUUAACUCUGCUGUUUCUGGGUCUACUGCUGAGCCAGUUUCUCAGUCUACCACUUCUGAUUAUCAGUGGGAUGUUAGCCGUAAUCAACCCUAUAUCGAUGAUGAAUGGUCUGGGUUAAAUGGUCUAUCUUCUGCUGAUCCCAGCUCUGAUUGGAACGCACCAGAAGAAGAGUGGGGGAAUUGGGUAGAUGAAGAAAGAGCUUCACUUCUAAAGUCCCAGGAAUCAGUUCCUAAUGAUCAAAAAGUUUCAGAUGAUGAUAAAGAAAAGGCAGAGGGAGCUCUUCCAACUGGGAAAUCUAAGAAGAAGAAAAAGAAAAAGAAGAAGCAAGGUGAAGAUAAUUCUCCUGCACAGACUGAAGACACAGAAGAAUUAGAAAAAGAGAUUAAAGAAGAGCUUCCAGUGAAUACCUCUAAAGUCCGUCCAAAACAGGAAAAGGCUUUUUCUUUGAAGACCACAAGCACUAGUGAUCCAGCUGAAGCACUUGUCAAAAAUAGCCAGCCUAUCAAGACUCUUCCACCUGCUAUUUCUACCGAGCCAUCUGUUAUUUUAUCAAAAAGUGAUUCUGACAAGAGCUCUUCCCAAGUGCCACCGAUACUACAAGAAACAGAAAAAUCCAAGUCAAAUACUAAGCAAAAUAGUGUGCCUCCUUCACAGACCAAGUCUGAUACUAGCUGGGAAUCUCCCAAACAGAUAAAAAAGAAGAAAAAAGCCAGACGGGAAACGUGAAAUUUUUCCCCCCAAAAUUGGACAUGUGUUUGCAAACACUGUCUUGAAGAUUAUGCAGUUUAUGCAAUAAUUUGUGAACAUGUACAGAGUUUUAUAUAAAUUUAAACCAAUUUUUAAAACAAAACUGUGAACACAACCACCGUAAAAAUGGAAUCAAAGGAAAGUUAAUUUAUGAAAUUAAGAGGUCAGCAGAAUAUACUACAGUGCUGGAAGACACUUGGGAAAGUCUUUUCAAUUUAGCAAGAAUAAUCUUAAUUUAAGAAUAUUGUUCUGGUUUUACAACAGUACCCUGUUUACAACAGAUUGUGCCCUAUCUCAUCUGCAGCUAUGGAAUAAAGGAUAUGAUUCUCUAGAGAGUUGCCUCCAAAUUUGGAGGCAAUUUCUUGGAUCUUGUGCACUGAACUUAUACCAUUUGAAUCUGUUUUAUGCUUAAAUCAAAAUCAAAGUGCUUUGAUCAAAUGCAUAAUCUGCCAUAUCUUUUACACAUUUGUUGGUAGCAAUUUGUAUUAAAGGAAUCACAAGUGCAAAUAAGAAGUCAUUUAUCAUUUGUUGCGCUAAACUGUCCUGAUUUCGUUUACAAUUUUUAAAAAGUUCUUAAUUAAAACAUUGAAAAUGGCAGUUGACACUUGUAUGGCUUAUGAAAUUAUUUUUGCUAGUGUUACAUUAAUUUUAAUUGUUCAAAGUGCAGUAUAUUUUAAAUUAAGAGAAAGGUAAACUAUGAUUUGUUUUUAUACUUUUAAGGUUCAGACUUAGAAAUAAUGCUCUUGUUUAUGAUUUGAAAACUUUCAGGCAAAAUCUAACUUACAUUUUUCCCUGGGGAUUACUUUUUUCCAGUGUCAACUAUUCUUCGUUUUACUAAUACUUUUUGACUUUAAAAAUGAAAUUUUUCACAAACUAGGUUAUACAGACAGAACUUUGAGUACAUGACAGAGAGUGAAAAACUAGAGUCAGACAGCUUUAAUUGACAUUGUCAAGACCUCCAGUUAUCAGGAAUACAUUUUUUUACUGCCUUAACCUGUAGUGCGUAGAAUAUGCAUCAAUUUCUUGAAGGGGAUUCGUGUUUUUAUAAGAAUUUUCAUGUAAUUAUUGCAAUUGUGGUCAAAUAAGGAACGUUUCCUGCUUGAAACUGUAUUGAUUUAAAUGAUGUGUGAGAUGUUCCACCAUUUUCAGGCACUGUGUAAUUCUAUUGUAAUAAACUGGCAGGUAUCUUUGUAACUAUAAAUAGUGCAUGCUCAGCCAUGUACACUGUAAAUAGCCUUUACCAAACGUGUUUGACAUGGACCAUAAUUAACAUCACUUAGUGAAUUGUGAAAAAAGAUAAAGCCAUGAUUUAUUUGAUGUGAUUGGCUUAAUUGUUUUUAUGUGGCGCCAAGAAUGAAACUGUUUAACAGCUGUAACCAAUGGUACUGAUCUAUCCAUUCAAUGUUGUCUUUAUUAUCAUUGAUUGUGGGUUGAUAGUAUUGCAUUGUGAGACUAGGAAAGCUAAAGGAACAAAAUGGUUUUAGUUUUGCUGAAGACUGGCCUUAUUAGUGGACAGCUUUCCUAAUAGACGAUUAUUAACUUUUAUCAGGUGUUAACAUCUGUUUCAGGAACAUGGCAGUAUGUUUACAUGUCAGAAGUUUCGUUUAAUUCUAUGAUAUUUCUAAAUUGACUUGUUUAAAUAAAUUCAGCAAAUGGGUAGCAUUGUUUUGAUUUGCUUCAAUAUUGGGGUAAAUUAGCUGAAGUGCCAGGAACAGAUUUCUUCAAAUGAUUUUUUUGUUAGCUUUAUGUAAUAAAUAGACCUAAAAUAGACCCAAUUGACCCUAAAUAGACCCAAGCAGCCUAAGUUGCCAGCACUUUGUAAGGGUAUCAUAAAGGAGAAUUGGAUAGGGAGUCUGUAACUUUAGAAUGUGCCAAAAGGCCUGUGCCCAAAAAAUAAUUGAACUCUCUCAACACUACCUCACCAAUUCUUUAUUUUAGAAUUGCGUUGACCAUAUCAGAUGUUGGGCUUUAUUAUCUCCAACUUAGUAAACUCCCUUUGAUCCACCUCUGGCAGGUGUUAGACACCAUCUGUCAAGUAGAAAUGUAGUAUGAAGAUGGAGAAGAGUAUUGCUUAAUUGGGGUGGAUCCAGCAUGGAGAUAUCUUAGUCCCUACUCUCUGGCUCAAGAGCUAGGACAUAGGUUUUAAGAGAUGGCAGCUAUGAGUGAUAAAAUCAGUGCAUUCAUUGUUCUUUACCUGUUCCAGAAGACCUUUAUGUCCCCUUAAAGCAGUUUCUGGCAUCUGAGCAGAUAAACAUUUCUUUCCAUCAUCAGUUCAAAGUGCACUGAAAUCAAAUUAGUGAUUCUUGGGAAGUUUGAAGUAGAUUCUGCUCAAUAUAGGGAGAUAUUUGAUCCUUCAGCCUUCACCAGGCCUGGAGGAAAAUCUUGUUCUGAUUAGCCAACAAGGCCACCUAGAGAAACCAUUCAAAACUCUUAAAACCGACCUGUCUCCAUUUAUUUAAUGAAAAUCCUCCGACUUCUGGAGCAAAGAGUAGUGGUUUAGAAUUUCCCAGACUGGAAUUCUACCUAUCUCUAUCCUGGAUUUAGCAAAACAAUAAAUAGUUGAGAGAGUCCAAGAAAAGGCAUUGAGUUAAAAUGUCAUUAAUGUAAUUUACUAUGUUUACUUUGUGCAUGCAUUUUAUUGGGGAGGGUGAAAAUGACUCAUCCAAAUCUAACAGUAUUAUUUCAUAGACUAAUUCGGUUUGUACUUGGGUUAAAGAUAUUUAAGAGCAAUAUUUAACUACAGAGUUUAGUUUUUCUUAAUUAAAAGCAGUCCUCUAUUAUAGUGUGACCUAUCUUUUGAAAUUUAGAAUUUAGGUUUAAGAUGUCUAAUAGAUGUCUUAAGACUUACCUGUAAACUCAUUGCACAAACUGGAAUUACUUUCCAAAAGACUUAGGGAAUGCAAAUAUGUUAUUUGUAAAAUGCAUUGAGUAUGUAAAUAAAAAAAAAAUCUUUGUUUUGUUAAAUUGCUCUUUAUAAGUUCUCUUGUGGGAAGGGACUUCCCAGUCAUUGUGCAUCCUAGGGUAGUCUAAGGCAGUUCUUCAUGUUCUUGGUGUUUUUCUGAAUCAUCAGGUCCACUUGUGGGCAUUAGCAUUAGGAGAUCAGUUAUUUGGACUUAAGCAUUCUUUGAGUAUCCCUGUUGGUGACACACAGUGUUCUCUGUGGGAGACAUCUUAGCAGCAGAAAUAACUGCCACCAAGUGCAAUAUUACGAUUUGUGUCAACUUUGUAGGUUAAGAAAAUUAGAUUCAAGUUUGGCACUACUGCGUUUGUAUAUAUUAGUUGAGCUGUGUCCCCAGUGACUUUGACAAGGCAGUUUAUUUCUCUUGCAUGGAAAGGCCUGGAAAGGGAGUCUAAGGUUACUGUUCCACUUGCUGUAGAGUCAAGGGUCCACAUUCCUUCUACAUUGUUCCUCCCCUUUCUCAGCCUGUGGCUUUCACACACUGUGGUUGUUGCAGAAGUGUGCUCCAUCUAAAAACUUUGUAUCAGCAUUUCUGGGAAAUGCUGAUUUAAAGGAUUAUUCCCCAUCCUUUAAGAAUAAUACAAGUUAUUCACACCACUUAGGCUUACUACCCAAACUCAAAUCUCUUGAUCCUACUAACCACAAGGAAGGGAUGGGAAGUAACAGUCUUUACUGUAGGCUUUCAUGGGCCAAAUUAACAUUUCAGGAUUUAAUCCUGAGGAAGCAGUGGCAAAUUGGUUAUUGGGCACAGAUGUCACAGGGUUGACAUACACUGUAUGAACAGUACCCAAGCAUUGUUUCUCAGGUCAGAUUUUAGCUUUUCUAGGUGACCAGAAAUUUUGAAAUCACUUGAAUGCUACUCGGAGUAGUAGAUAAUGUUCCAAUUUAUAGAUUCUCCAAUUUACAUGUGAUAUAGAUUCUGGAAAAAAAUUUUGGCCACACUGUUAUUGCUUUAAAUUCUAGAGAUGGGCUAAAGGAAACAUUCCCCCUUAUACUGGAAUCUCAAUGAUAAAUUUUAGUAGAAUUACCCUGUUGUAUAGAGUAAUCGUUAAAAAAAAUUUUUAAAGGCAUUACUCCUGUUUUCAAAUACUUUAACAGGACAAUGAUUUCAAAUCCUAGCAUCGAGACAGUCUAUAAAGUGCAUUAUAAGAUGUUUGCUAACUAAUAAUAGUUAUAUAAUUGAGGUUUAUAAGUUGGCUAAUAGGAAGAGAAAUACAAACAAAUUCAAGGUCAUCCCAUGAUAAUGGCAUUCUUAUUUGUAUAUGUGUGCUUUCCUUUAUUGUAUCACGACAUUCAAAAUGAAUAUAUGUAACAUGUACAUAAAUUAAAGCAUAAUAAAAUGAACACCUCUGAAACCA